CUCGUCAGUACAUUCAUCGGGGUCAUUGCAGUAGGACGCUCACUUCUCUGUCCGACUGCUUUUACACCCCCUUUUAAUUAUUAGCGCCAAUUUUCUUUUGUCCCGCUCCGCCUUAAAUAGAUUCUUAAGUAAAACUGGUUUUCGAUACAAUUUGUAUGCAUCUCCACUGUACGACACGUUUGCCCACUAGCAUUGCUGCCAGACCACGAUGAACACAGUUAUAGAUUUUCACAACGUCGUCACAACCUUUCUUUCCAUUCUAGAUCUUUUUUGUCGUAAAUCAAUAAUCCCAUGUCGCAAAUUGGAAUAAAUUAGGACAUAGUUCGUACGUGAACAAAGUGUUGGUAACUUUAACAUCAUGUGCCAGGAAGAGCGAGUGAGAGGACCCUGGAACACACCUCUACUAGAUACUGAACUUCAUACACCUACUAGCCAAAGGAGACGAUGCUUUGGGUGGCUUCCCUUGCGGUAUGUGGUAGCGUUGCUGGGUAUGUUGGGAUGUAUGAUGGACUACCUGGUAAGGAUUGGUCUGAGUGUAGCUAUUGUGGCCAUGGUCAACAACACCCAGCCCAUCAACAACACCCAUGUCUCUAUGGAGGGCGCCUGUCCCGCUGCCAGCAAUGCCUCGCACGAUGAUGAUAACCAAACGGGUGAUGAGGACUUUGAGUGGAGCCUAGAGGAGCAGGGCAUCAUCCUUGGCACCUUCUUUUGGGGUUACUUUUUCACUAAAACCAUAGGUGGCCGCAUCAGUGAGAUCAUUGGUGGCCGGGAGACAAUGGCAAUAAGCCUUGGGGUAUCAGGACUGUUGUCAAUGUUGUGUCCAUAUGCUGCCCAUAUCCAUCCAAUGGCGCUGGCAAGUAUACGGUUCAUCAUAGGUCUGGUGCAGGGUCCUGCCUUCCCUGCUCUCUACAGCGUGCUGGCUAGCUGGGCUCCUCCUGAUGAGCUGGCCACUACUGUUACUAUUGCUUACUCAGGAUUGUCUAUGGGCAGCCUGGUGGCAUUGGGAGCCUCCGAGUGGGUAGUUCAUCAGCUAGGAUGGCAGUGGGUGUUCUGGGGAGGUGGUAUCUUAGCAGUAAUAUGGACACCUCUUUGGCUGUACUUCGUCCGUAACUCCCCCAUCCACCACCCGCUGAUUUCCACUGAGGAGGAAGAACUACUUGCAGUCAACUUCUCCAUCAAACCCAGACGUCAUGUACCAUGGGGUCGCCUUCUUCGCUGCUGGAGGUUCUACCCAAGCAUCUUGACAGAGUUUUCGUCUUCUUGGGUGGGGAAUCAAACCAUUACUGAAGCACCAUUUUUUCUAAAAAUGCAGAUUGGGAUGAGAAUGACAGAGGUGAGCUGGGUGCUAGCAAUAGGCCACACAUGUGCCUGGGUUUGGUCCUUCUGUUUUGGUAGAAUCUCAGAUUUACUCAUCCAACAUUGUAUUUUAUCAAAAUUAAACACUAGAAGAUCCAUGCACGUGAUAGCGACAGUGCUGGUGGUGGUGGGUUUGUUGUGUAUAGUGUGGGGAGGAUGCCAGAAGUGGGUGGUGUCUGCUAUGCUGGUGGUGGUCAUGAUUGGUUCCUCCUGUACAAUCUGCACCUUCACACUCUCCCCCUUGGAUCUUGCACCAAACUAUGCUGGAACAAUGUCAGGUUUGCUGGGAAUUGGUAACAUUAGUGGUUUUCUGGCCCCCAUUGCUACAGCAGAAAUUAUCACAAAGACUAGUAGUUGGACAGGAUCUCUGUUGCUGGGAGGUGGCCUUUAUUUGUUGACAGGCAUCAUCUACAUAGCCACCGUCACCACAGAAGUCCAAGACUGGAAUUAUUAUGAAGACAUGGAUAGUUCCAUUGAUGAUGAAGAACCACGGAGACAGCCUUUGCUACAGUAGCACUGUAUACCACUCCUGCCCUCUCAGUACAAGUUGCCAUCAUUUACACUGACUUCACGAGAACAAGAUUCACACAUAAGAAGUUAACUUUUUAUAUUGUUUUUUUUUUAUUAAGUUAAGGUUCACAUAUUUAUACAUGGCUGUGCACUGUGCUUUUCUCCUCCCCCACAUGUAAUACAGUAAAUCAUAGAAAAACAUCUUGUGCACCCUGUGACACAAGAACACUACCUGAACUCAAAUCAUAUUUAUGUACCAUUCACAGAAUCCUUGGGCUUUAAAUGGUCUUAGCCUCCAAAUACCUUACCUAUUCACCGAAGAGAGAGAGAGAGAGAGAGAGAAAGAGAAAAUGGAUAGCAGCAAUACUUUUUAAAGACUGUUUUGUGAAGUGUUUUUGUGUGUGGGUGAAGCACUACUUUUGUGACUAGCCUCAAUUUGAAGGCCUCAAUUCUUUUUGACAAUGCAGUGACUGAUCACCCUACAUACCUAAAUGACAUGCUCCAUAAUAUUCAGCUCAUAUUUAUGCCACCCAGCAUCACUUUCUUUAUUUAAUCAGUGGAUUGCAAUACCUGUACAUAUUUAAACUGUAUAUUAGAAGCAGACAUUAUCUCACUCUCUUGAAGCUUCUCAUACAGAAAGCAAGAAAAUGUAUUGGUGAGUAAAGUACUCCUUUACAAUGGUCAAUCCACAAAAUUACUGUACUGUACUGGGAACAAUACAGUAAUCCUUCAUCAAUCAUGAGGGUUACUUGCUAGAAUUAUCUUAUGAAUGGCAAAACCAUGGUUUGCAUGGGCUGGAUCUAAUGGGAAGGGGUUUGGGAAGUAACCCCUGAGAGACAGAGGAUAUCUAAAGUUCUAAAAUGUACAAAUUAUGGUUAAAAAUAAGCACAGGGUGUAAUUUAUACCAAAAAAUAUAUACAGUAUUGUACUGUAUAUACUGCAUAAAAAUGCAAUACAGUACUGUACAGUACUCUGCACUUACAGUUGGCAAUACAGUAUAAUGUACAAAAUAUAAAAUGUGGAUACACAGUAUGAAAGGAAUGGUCCAAUUUUCAAAGCUAUACACUAAUGUAAAAGCAAGGCUAAGUCAACCUGAACACCAGAGUGAUUGGAACCAUUAGAUAAAAGCAAACAAACAAACCAUCUGGUGGCUAGCCCAUGAACUUCCAUGUUCAUACUGUAUAGUAGAUGUACAGUACAGUACUUCUCUGAACAGAACUUCUCAUGAAUAAAAUGGAUGAAUGGAUUUUCUGGGAAAUAGAAGUCUGGGUAAUAUGCUGUUGACUAUAAACAGUAUCUUCUUAAAUCUAAAUCAAUGAUAAUUUUCAUUCAUAAUUAAAAUUUUCAUGCAGUAUUCCCAUCUGUUAAUUGUAUUCAUCCUAUUCUUUUAAUUUUCAAAUUUAUAUUUUAUUCAUAUGAAUAUAUUCUUCAUAUCAUUAUUACCUUCAUGUGUAAAGUUGAUGUAAUCAUUACAUAUUUAAACCACUAAACUCUCAAAAAUCA